AAAAAUGUAAAAUUGGACUUUUGUGACCGGAAGGAAUAUUUUGUCAGUACUAUCUAUAUAUACAUCCCUCACAACGCUAAUGUUCACUUCCGAAUUUAGGGUUCCGAUACACUUCGCUACGAAUCCCCCACUAUCUUUCAGUCGCCGCCUUUAAGUCCCCUUCUCCAGAAUCUUUACCAACCUUUUUACUCUAUCAAUGGAAUUUGGAGGAGCCCGGAAGAGGGGAAGAUCUGACGCCAGCUUUAACGGCAACGGCUACAAGAAAUCCAAGCAAGACUCGGACAACUUUCCAAGUGGUGUAGGGACCAAAUCAAAGCCUUGCACAAAGUUUUUCAGGACAUGAAGUGUAAUAGAGGAAUUUAUUUGGACUGUGUUUUGGGCAUAUUGAAGGUACAUGCCACAGUUUACUGAGAGAUGGAUUCAGGUACUACCUAUUACAUAUUUCUGUUUAUGCCCAUUUAAGACUUCAGGAGAACUGUUAAGGGGCAAGUAUUUGGCAUUCGACUAGGCACAUGUAUUAUGUGAAUAAUGGCUACCUAGAUGAGGAUGCGUCCUUACGCUGGACAGAUUUUUGCAGUACUGCCUCCUAUCUUUUUUCUCAUGCCUUUUGAUUUUGUGAGGUUUUUAAGAAAGUGAAUGACUUCUGGUUAAAAUUUGUUUGGAGAGCGAAACAAGGUUAACCCAAGAAUCUUUUUGCUGAAAAGAAAAGAGAAUAUAAUAUUUGGAUCAACAGCAAAGGAAAGAAUAGAGAGAUAAAGCUUCAAAAGGGACAGUGAGAAUGUAUCUUAUGGGUUUGCUUUUAGGACAAUGAUUGCUGAUUGUGUCAGGAUUACUUUUUGGAAUUAGUUCAUUCUUGUUCAAUUCUGAGAAGAGUGGUAGGAUGAUGAUAUGGAAAGGAAAGCCUCACUAAGUAUAUCCUUUAGCUUCAUUUAUAACUAUAUGCAGAAAGGAAUCCCUCUCUAAGCAACACAUGUGGAUUUAUAACUACAACUUCUGGCCUCAAUUUUCAUUGAUAGAUAUAGUAGACAUUUUGAUAUUUCAAAAUAUUAAAGCUCUACUAUUUGAAGAUCUGAAAAAGGCAAUGGGUGUGAUCAGUGAUGGAUGUCCUUGAAGUACAUACAAUGAUACAUGCCUUAUUGGUAUCAUAUCAUUUGGUAUGUGCUUUUCAUCUUCCAAAGAACCGAAGGGCGUUAUUUCUUAGCUACUUAAUUGCUUUCUCGUUCUUUUUCUCAUGGAUAAUAAACCAUUCAUCUUAUCUUGACCAAUGCCAAUCAUCAUCAUGUUUAUAAAUUCAGAAAGAUUGACACUGUGCCAGCUUUCAGUAAUUCUGUAUGUGCACAAAAUCAUAGUACAUCCAUCUUUAUUCCUUUUGUACUGCUGGCUGUAGAAUAAUCUGAUGAUCUAUAAAAGAAAAUUGGAGAUUGGAAUAAUAAUAUAGGCAAAACAUUAUGUUAGAAACUGUGGAGUUACACAAAUCUUCAAGGUAAUGGGAUCAAUAGUAGGAGAGCCUAAUCUUUAUGUCACAGUGAGAAUGCUUCUAUGAGUUGUUUGUAUUGUUGUGCUGACUCAUGGUGAGCUUGAAGUGACCAUAAAGAUGUUGCUUUGGGUACUACUUUACGACAUGGAUAUGGAUAUGUAGUAAAAAAUGUGGAGAGGUUUUUAAUACUACCUCCGUCCCGAAUUGAUUUGCAAAUUUGACUUUUCUUGGUCAAACAGUUGUGUUUUGUUCACUUAAUUAGGAUGCCAAUUUUUAAUUAUAUUCUAAUUUGGAGUUUACAACCUUGAAGAGAUUUUGAUGUAGUUUAUGAAUAUGUAAAUUUUAUUUAUUAAAAAUUGAAUUAAUUAUGCAUAAAGAAGGUUGACUUUUAUUAUUGGUUGACCAAAAAAUGUUGACUUUGCAAAACAAAUUGGGACGGAGGGAGUAAUAUAUUCCUGAAUUUGGUGGCAGCAUACUCUCAUAAUCCAGCCCUUAGUAUGGUCAUCGAUCUUGAAUGGUGUUUCCAUCUUGACCAAAUAAUGUACUGAUUGUUUAUCAAAAUGUUUAUAGCUCUCUUCAUUCUCAUUUGCAGGAAGAAAUGAAUGCAGCUCAUUUUUUUUUGUUAUCGUUCCUCUUUAUGAAUCACAAUUGACACCAAUCUUUAUUAAUGUGUAGUACGACAGGAUGCCAAUUUGGAGAGAGCUGCCACUUUUUGCAUUAUGUUCCUGGUGGGCUGAAAGCUGUUACCCAAAUGCUUGGCAACAACCCUGCGCUCCCAGUACCUGCUAGAAACCCCAUGCCUAUGCCACCUCCGCAUUUCCCAGACACCACUCAGCCCCCAACAGCAGUGAAGACGCGUUUAUGCACCAAAUACAACACUGCAGAGGGUUGCAAAUAUGGCGAAAAAUGCCACUUCGCACACGGUGAGUGGGAGCUUGGCAGGCCAGCACCCCCAGUUCAUCAUUCCCACCAUGAAGACCCUCGCGGUGGUAUGGGACACCCUAGGUUUGGUAGACCUGAGCCUUAUCAAUCAGGUGGGUUCGGAGGAGCAGCAGCCAGCUUUGGGUCAUCUGCCACAGCUAAGAUCAGCAUUGACGGAUCUUUGUCGGGAGCCAUCAUUGGGAAAGGCGGUGUUAACUCGAAGCAGAUAUGCCGUAUGACUGGAGCCAAGCUCUCUAUAAGAGAACAUGAAGGUGAUCCCAAUUUGAAGAACAUUGAACUUGAAGGUACCAUUGAGCAGAUUCAACAGGCCAGCGAAAUGGUUCGUGAACUUAUUGCAUCUGUUACUUCAAAUGCUGCCAAGUCCAUGAAGGGGGGACCACGCUCUGCUCCCGCAAAUAACUUCAAGACAAAAAUGUGUGACAACUUCAUGAAAGGGUCCUGCACUUUUGGUGAUCGGUGCCACUUCGCACAUGGAGCUGAAGAGAUGCGCAGCAGCGGUGGAGGAAUGUAAGAGGGAGAGCCAUUGAGUUUUUUUUUUUCAUUUUUCAUUUUUAAAGUUCAGCAUUAGUUUGUUUGUGUAGAAACUUUUCGCUCAUAACCAUGUGGCUGUAGUUCAUUGUUAUUUGGUUCUUGUUUGGGAUUAAUCUCAUUAAGCCGCAUUAGUUCUUGACCAUUAAAAUAUGUUGCUCAUCUUUUACGUUUGCUGUUUCCCUGCUUUCUCUUAUCCGAGACCGGUUUCUCUAUGUGCAAUGUAAACUAGCGAAGUCUUGUAGUAUUAUGAUUAUUAUAUAUACUGCAUGUUAUUACUGUCUUUCAAUUUAGAGAAAGUCUUGUACACACUUUU